AUGAGAACAACGCAUGCUAUGUGGGAAACUAAUUCUGUAAAAGCUUCAAACGCUUACGCAAAGUUUGAUAUGGUCAAGUUUUCAAAGAAUUUACUUUCUUUUUGCAAAUUCUAUCAAAGUAAACAAACUAAUGUAAAGAAUCAAAUGUUGGGAUCACUUUUCACCACAGUAGUUAGUUUCUCGUCCAUAAAGUGGAACCUUCAGACAAGUAACCUAGCUUUAACAAGGGAUCGUGGAGAAAAUCCAAUUCAUUCAUUAAACUGUGCUAUUCGUCGUGGUUCUAAGCGUGCGUUGCGUGUUAUAGCAAGGUUAGAUAAUGAAUGUCUGAUGGCGAUAUUAAUGCGACUACAACUACGCAGCAGUAAAUGUAAUACUAAUAAUGAAGAUGUGCACAUAUUUUACAAUUACGUAAUAUUUAGUACAAAAGUAUUCAAAAAUGCGGCAGUUACAGAUUACAUGUUUGUCGGAGCAUCAGUCUCAUCUCAAAUGUACUGGCGAAAGGUGCAAGUUCGAAUGUAUGUGAGUGAAAUGAAUUGGGGCGAAAAUGCAUUUACGAGAUCACUUGGCACCUUGACAAUUCUGGCUUGCAGAAGUGAACCUUUGAAAUUUAAUAUUUUAAAACGAUGUGAGAAUAUUAUUCGAAACCACUCCUUUUGUCUAGAUACAUACAGAUUAGAAUUGUUUUUAACAUGUCAAAAACGACAAACGAUCUUCAUUGAUAGGGGACCAAAAUUACUUAUUUUCCGUUGA